UGCGAAAAAUGGAGGAGACAGUAAAAGCCAGCGGGCGACACGUUCGGAGAAUCAGACGACAGAAGUUGUUCCUCGCGGCGGAGUUAAGAGAGAGAGAGAGAGACAGAGAGAGAGAGAGAGAGAGAGAGAGACACCGAGAGAGGGGGCUUUGCUUGGCAGCGACACCGUUGUUGUUGGACUUGUUUUCAAUCCCCGCUCCGCUCAGCUGGUAGGCCGAUACUAGGGCCGAUAAGGGAUUUAUUCGUUCGGGCUAAAAACGACGGACAUCUGAAACUUCAACCGCAGAUCGCGGCGCGGUCCUACCAUAAAACCGCUGAGAUUCAACACCAACGUACUUGUGCUGUUGUUAAGUUUCCGCGUAUAGUAGGAUUUCACCAGAAGCUACGUCGUUGUUUUUGUUUACGAGGCUUGCAAUAACAGCUGUGAGAACGACGUCUGUGUUUUCUUUCUCCCCCCCCCCCCUUCCUCCUAACAAAAACCGUCUCCUGGGAUUUUAUUGACUCUUUUCAAGGUGUUCCUAUGGCGACGUAAUUCGUUGUAGCGGCACCCACCUGAGAGCACGCACUGCGAGCGUCAAACAACUUACCGGUCACAGCUGACGAGACUGCAAGAUUCUCCUGAGUCCUGAGGUGUGCAACAGAGCGAUUUCAGUUCUCCAAAUAAACAAACAAGAUGGUCCAGUCGAGCGUGCCCGGUCAGUACGGCCACACAGCUGCCCAGGUCAUGGCCAGAAGGCACGUGCGCAUGCACCUACGGAAGAUCCGCGAGCGUGAGUACUGCAAGCUGAGGGCGCUCAUCCCCUCUGUGGCUUCCAAGAAAAAAGUCUCCAAGGAGAGCUGGCCGAAGACAAAGCCCAGGAGACAGUUCAGUAUUUCAUGAACCAGAUGGUACCUCAGUCCCCCGUUACUCUCACGACGACAACAUCAUCGCCAUCGUCGUCACCACUGUCAUCAUCAUCAUCAUUAUCAUCAUCGUCAUCCCUUUCCUCCUCAUCGUUGUCCUCAUCAUCACCACUGUCAUCCCCGUCGUUCCGUUCCCCUCUGAGAUCUCUCGAUGGUCCUCUGUUGAUGAGGUUCUCUCCGGCAAACUUCGAAAAGCAGCGGAAACAGCCGAGCUUUUCGCUGCGGAAGACUCGGAAAGAUUGAACCGCCUCCCCCCCCCCUCUCCCUCCCCCACUGUCCCCAUUUCGUCACGUGACAAGCUGCCCGACCAGGUAGAGACAACCACGUGACCGAAUGUCCAAGCCAGACAGCUGUGACUGUGAUGCUUUCCACCGACACAAAGUGUGCUUAUUUGCCAACAUUGUCAAGUAAACGUUAAUCCUGAAUGUGUUUAUUCGCCGGCAAGAACAGCGUGCCACGUCGCACAGCCUUACAAAAAACAAAAAGGUGCGCCUAGACUUCAAUGUGGUGUUAAUUAAAAGUAGAUCUAUAAUUUCUCGUAUUUGUCUAAAAAGGCGUGGCCUGGAAUUAAAUAAUUCUGGUCAAAAGCAAAACAAAACAGGACAAAAAAUAGCUGCGCUCAUACAUUUCAUUUGUACUACGAAACAGAAAAAAACCCAACCUCAGACAUAAUCACAAUUAAUACCCUUGUGGCUUUGGGUGAAAUCUGAAAUAAAAAGGAUAAUUAAUUAAUUUAAAAAAAUUAAUGUUUACCCGCUUUCUUUUGGUGAAUAAUCGCAGUUUUCCUUCAUGUAAACUGCCACAUUUG